AUGAAAUACAACUUAACUUCCUUAAAGAUCAUGUGCGAAACUUAUGUCUUGCUCGCUCUACAAGGUUUGUGGGAGAUCGCUGACCGAAGAUUUCCUGGCGCCCAACCCAUUUCAUUCAACAAGCAGUCUCUAGACAUAAUGCUGAAGAAAGAUUCUCUAUUGAUUAACACUAGCUUUUGGGUAUGUGAAAAGUCUGAUGGACAACGCGUUCUUCUUCUUGUUGUUGUCCCGCCAGUUACCAAUAUACAAGAAGUCUAUCUGAUCGACCGCAAGAACCAAUACUACCAGGUAAACCACGUGUAUUUCCCGCAUUUUCUUCCUUCAUCGCACAAGGCUAGGAUGACAACGGGUCAAUUGAACCACACUCUCCUUGAUGGUGAGCUGGUGAUCGACCAGAUAUCGGAGACACAGCGUAGGCUUAGACUCCUUCUGUUUGAUGCACUUGUUGUUGAUGGAGACAAUGUGAUGCAACGUCCUUUAAGUCGGCGUUACGGAUGCCUUCAGUGCCAAAUUCUUCCUGCGUAUUUACAGUGUAUGAAAGCCAACGCAGAUGCUCGUAUGAGGGCACCAUUUGAAAUUCAUGUGAAACCCAUGGAUCUUGCUUACGGUCUAGCUGAAGUAUUGCAAGUUAAGAUGCCCAAGUUGCGUCAUGGGUGUGAUGGACUGAUUUUCACGAGCUUGCACGCUCCUUAUGAGAUGGGAACGACAACGAACAUUUUGAAAUGGAAGCCCCCACAAGAAAAUACCAUUGAUUUUAAGAUUCAAUUGAAAUUCCCGCCCGACCUCAAAGCGGACCCCAGCGCUAAUACACCCGACUGGAAAGCUAAGCCUAUGUUUGAGCUGUUACAACACGUUCACGGUGACCAGCACGAGUUCUAUGAUUGGCUUGAUAUGGAUGAUGAAGAGUGGGACGACUGGAAGGAAAAGGGUGAGCAGCUCGAUGAUCGAAUCGUCGAAUGCGCGUGGCAUCCUCCUUCGCCUGAGGAUAAGCAAGUGGCGACUUGGCACAUUACACGUAUUCGAGAUGACAAGACGACAGCGAAUCAUAAGACAACGGUAACGAGAGUCAUGGAGAGUAUUCGAGAUGGCGUAAUGGAAGAAGAACUAAUUGAGCUGGUACCAGAAAUUCGAACGGCGUGGAAGUCCGAGAAGCGGGAGCAGCAGCGUUCCCAAAUGCAAAGGAGUCAGCGCCGAUCAUUCCCGCCAAAUGUCAAGGGACUAGGUGGACCAGGCCCCCCUAUGCGAAAGGGCGGCAUGCCAAAUCUCAAGCGGAGAUAA